UUUUAUUCACUCACUCUCUCACUAUAUAACAUGGCAGCCCCCCUCUACGUCACCCAGUCUGGCCGCCUGUGGCACGCCGGCCUCAUCCUCAUCGUCACCGUCGGCCUCCCAGCCCGCGGCAAGACCCACAUCUCCCGCGCCCUCGAACGCUACCUCCGCUGGCUCGGCGUCAAGACCCGCGUCUACUCCAUCGGCGACUACAGGCGCAAGGUCCUCGGCGGCGCUCACAACGUGCCCCACGACUACUUCCAGACAAAGACCCCCAGGUCAGAGGCCACCAACGCCCUCCGCCGCCGCAUCAAGGCAGAGCUCGAGGACCAGAUCAUGGACUUUUUCACCCAGGGCGGCCAGGUCGUCAUCUACGAUGCCAACAACGGCAGCGUCGCAGAGAGAAAGAUCACCUCGGAAAAGUUUGGCAACCGGGGCGUCCAUGUCAUCUACCUCGAGAGCCUCUGUGACCAAGAGGAUAUCAUCACCGCCAACAUCCGCAGCGUCAAGCUCUCGUCUCCCGACUAUGCCGGAUGGGACGCAGAAAAGGCAGUCGCAGACUACUGGGAACGUAUCCGCGACCAGGCUGCGGUGUACGACACCGUCACCGCCGACGAAGGACCGUUUAUCAAGGUGAUGAAUGUCGGCGAGCGGAUCGAAGUGAACCGUAUCGAAGGAUAUCUCCAAACGCGAUGCUGCUUCUUCUUGAUGAAUAUCCACACCCGUCCUCGCAACAUUUACUUUGCGCGUUCUGGGCAAUCUCUCAUCGAACACUCGUAUAAAGCCGACUCUGACCUCUCGCCGGCCGGCUGGGAAUAUGCUGAACGACUCAAGGCGGCGGUGAUUGCGCGACGUAAAGCGGCGAGAGAGGAGAGAAAGGCAAAAGGCGAAGUCGUCGGGGAGGACAACCCGCUGCUGAUCUGGACAUCCGCCCGUCGUCGUGCUUACCACACCGCCUGGCCCUUUGUCCAUUCCGGCUACAAGGUCGUCCAGAAACCGAUCAUGUCGGAAAUCAACCCGGGCGUCUGGGACGGUCUCUCGACACAGGAAGCGAUGGAACUCUACCCCGACGAAUGGUCCCGUUUCCUCGCUGACCCGUAUGCGCAUAGGGCACCGCGCGCGGAAAGUUAUCAUGAUCUCAGUGUCCGACUCGAAAGUGUCAUUUUCGAGCUGGAGAGGUGUCAGGAUGAUUUGUUGAUUAUCGGCCAUGCUUCCGUUAUCCGCUGUCUCCUCGCCUACCUUGUCGGUCUCCCGCCCAACGAAGUGCCGGCGGUCGAGAUCGCGCGGGGCGACCUCGUCGAAAUCACGCCGGCCUCUUACGGCGUCAUCUCCCGCGCCUGGCACUUUUGGUCCGGUGAAGGCCGGGGCGACGCGUAUGGUGGAAACCUGUACGAAAACUUUGCAGAAGCGACGUCUGGCAAGGGCUCGGUCCUGCCCGAUUCGGGCGUCAACUUUGCGGCCGACGCGCUGAAUAUGGAGAAGGAGGCGCAGGAGGAGGAAGGCAGGGAGAAGGAGGAGAGGGGGGAAAAGAUGAUGGAGGCCGCCAAGGCGGUGGGCAAGAUUGCAGAGCAGGCUGCGGCCAAUACAGCAGCUGGUGCAGGUGCGCAUGGCAGCAGUGGUGGUGAUGGCACCGCAGGCGGAGUCGGUCAAGGUGCCAGGGGUCCAGGAAAGGCAUUGAGGAGAUGGGGUUCAGAGAGGGGCAAAGGUAGGGGUCUGCCAGGGUUGAGCGAGUUGAACGAGACGGAUGAUGAUGAAGUAGAGGAAAACAAGAAGGAUGAUGAAGCGGUGGCAGUGUCUGAAGGCGAGGGUAGAGAAAGUGGAACAACGAGGAGUAGAGCUAUGAGCCUUUUGGAAAUCUAGACCGAUCUGAAAUUGGAUGGUGCACAAGAUGUAACAGAUGUAAUACAGAAAAUGGAAAAAAAGUAAUGCUUUAUGAAGGAUGUAAUGCGCUCAACUCGAUUAAUCUCUCUGUCCAUUCCAUCGCCAUGUGUUCACCCUUCUCCUUCUCUCGGACAUUGAUACCCUCGUCGUACAACCGACUCGCCAUUUCUUGCGUGAACAAUGUUGAUGCUUGAUCUUUUGAUAAUAAACUCCAGUUGGGUGAUUGACCGCCUCGCACCCAAUCGAAAUCCUGGACUUGAGUAUGUCUACUCUCGUACGCCUGUUUCAUGUC